AUGGCGGCUGCCAGCGAGUUUCCGACAGAACUCGCGACCCGUCCUUUGGGCCUCACAGCUCUUAUGGGACUUGAUAUUAAUCAGAAACCUUUGCACAAAGCUAUCUGGGAGUCUUUUUCUGUGAACAGGCAUCCUGAGAGAGUUCCACUAUCCUUCAGACUUCUACCAAUUGAUCACGAAUUUCCCAAAGCAAAAUCAAAGGUGAGCUUUCCUAUCGCUUUUAAGUGUAGUCACUCUUAAAUCCUUUGAUUACGUGAAAUUCUUCUUAUUUUGGUUACAUUUAAGCUCUUUCAGUAUAGAUUAUUUAGUAUACUUUUCCCAAUACAUUUCCUAAGGUGCUGACGGGGAGAAUUUGUUAAGCAAUCAAGAACUGUAGUUGGUGAUCAUUUCCUGUAUUCUCAUGACCUUAGCUUAAGGUUUGAAUCUGGGGUUGUAUAGCAAAGAGAAAUUAGAUGCUAAAGGAUUAAAUGGACACUAUUUUUGUACAGCAAGGGGUGUCUUUCUUUAUAAAGAAAGUUCUACGAGUGAUUUCCACAAAAUCAUUUAGAAGAGUUUAUCACAAAUCAAUCAUACUCCUGGGUUUUUUUCCCAAGGAAGCAUUCUCUUGCUUCUUUGAGUUCUGACUUUCUUAAACCUUUUACUCCAAAGAUUUCUUUAGUAAUUCUCUGUACUGUCUGGCCUACAAUUCUUAGGAUGUUAGUUCAGAAAAUCUGGAAUUGGAUCAACUAAUAAUCCUCUAAUUUAUUUUUUUUCCUUUUUUCUCUUCACUUGUUUGCUUGAUUUUGCAUUGAAAUUUUAAAAGUAAGUUCUGUCUCCGUCACUCAUGGGAUUUGAAGUGUUAACCCUUUAACUCCUAAGAUCUGAUUGUUAAUUCUCCCCUCCAGCUGCUACAAAUUUCCUUGUAAAUUAGUUAUAAGAACUUGAUGCUAGAUCAAGAUAGUAUCUUCUACCUGAUAAGUUUGAAUAUUCUCAUUACCUGUUUGCUGAGUUAUUUAUGGAUAUCAUAGGGAAAAGUUUCAUGUUAAUCACUUCUGGGAGUUAAAGGGUUAAGUGAACCUUUAUCUUUGUCGGUGUGCAUGGAGCCUCAGUAACAUUUUCCAUAAGUGAGGGCAGAUACUGCUAUUAGUGGGGUCACUACCAUUGAAAAUCUUAGCAGAUAGCCAAUUAGUAAUGUAAGACCUCUCACAGAAACAGUAGGCCUCCUGUAACCAGUGUUACUGAGACCUCUGCUUAUGCAAGUGUAUGCUGGCUUUUUAUCACUGAGUCUUGUUUCCUUGUAGCGUUCUACCUAUGAGUGGUACAUACCAAAGGGUAUCUUGAAGACAAAAUGGAUGCACAAACAUCUUUAUCUCUCUCCUGCUGUGGUGGUCAUGUUUUAAGAGUUGGAUUGGGAUGACGUUCAGUGGAAAGACAGGCAAACUGAAUGUGCUUCAAAACUAGAAAGAGUCAGGUAAUAACAAGAGAGUGAGAAUGUUAUCUUACUCCUCUUUAACAGUGAACCUUAAUCAGCACUAAUGACAUGACUGAAAAUUAUUAAUAAGUAUUAUGAAAAGUGUAGUUUGAUUUUUAGGCAAGAGGGUUCCAUUGUAUGUGUUGAUUUUUAUGACAUUGUACAACUCAAAAACUUAAUUCCAUGCUCUCUGACAGAUAAACACACAGAAUAAUAUGUAAAUACUAACAUGUAUAUUUGAGCAGAAAACAAUUGUUUAAUUAACAAAAGAAAAUGACUUUUGUCCAAUCAUCAGCUUAAUUAACAAUUACUGUGAUUUAGAGUGCAAUUCAAAUAACAACCAUCAAAUAAGUUUGUCAUAACAACAGUAAGUGCUCCUGACACUCUGGAAACCUCCUUCUCUACCAAGUGACAAUCAGAUACUUGUAAGUUAUAAUAAGAACAUUACAAAACUCAUCAACUCAUCAAAUGCAAAAAAAAAUACCCAGUACAAUGAAUAAUUUUGGAUUCUAUAACUUCAAUCCUACACAUUUAAAGCAAUCUUUUAAUUUCUGAACAGGACCAGCCUUCAAGACCAGAACACUAAGGUUGCUGUGGUUCUUAUCCAAAAGAAUGCUCCUCUUCCUCCAGGUAAACAUCAGUAAAUACAUAGAAGUCAAAAGAUGAUGUUAUUAAGUAGAGAGUUUUAGAUCCAUGUUUAGUGUUUUCAUGCUAACGUCAAACCAUAAGUGACUGCCAGGUCUAUCCUAUAAAUCUGCCAGAGGCAUUAUGAUGUUAUUUACAUGUCAUUUAUUGAGCUAGGCAUGGGCUGGAAAAUGGAGAAAAACUGUGCCCAAGGUCUUGAGUAUGGCCCAAGACUGGUGUCUGUAAUCGAGGUCAAGGGCACAGUUUCUUCCCACAUAGAAAAACAUGAUUGUAAGACUGUAUUUUAACAAGCUGGACCAGUGACUAGGGUACAAUUAGCCAAUCAAAGUCAAGAAUUUAAGAUUCCAGCCUGUUGACAUGCUUCAGAAAAAAAAUAUUCCUGUAUCCCAAGAUUUGAGUACCCUUCAUGGAGGAAAUUUAUGCUAUUAUAAUGAAUCACAGGUGAUGAUUUACAAGCACUAGAGAGGGCAGCAACACUGUGCAGUGCAUGUGACCUGUCAGCCAAAUCAUUGUUUGUCCUUCCACAUACAGAUCACUUGAUUGGCUACACAAUUAGGUAUUUGUUCAAAAUUUAUCAUUUUAGAUUGAUUUUGAUGAGAUUGGUUUUCAUUGAGUUUGCAAUUGAAUAUAAAAGCCCAACUUUUGUCAAAUAUAGGAAAAGAUUUAUUUAGUAAGAGUUUCAUAUUUUUUCUAUUGUAUUUUUUUCUAGCUGAUCAAGAAAAGUUACAAAACAGGACACAAUAAAGACUAAGUUAGUUAGAAUUAUUUGGAAAAAGUGACAGUGAAGUAGAAAGAAAUUGAAAAGCUUUUUUACAUGAGUAAGCCUUUAACUCUCAAGAUUUCAUUAGUAAUUCUCUUAACUGUCUGCCAUACGAUUCAUGUGAUGUUUGUGUGGAGAAUUUGGAAUUGGAUCAACCAAUAAUCCUCCACUGGAUAUUUUUUUUUCUUUAUUCUCAUUACUUGUCUGCUUGAUAUUGUACUGAUGUGUCAGGAGAAAUUUUGUCUUGGUCACUAGUGGGACUUAAAGGGUUAAAGUAACUUUAGACUCACUACAAGUUGUUUAGUUACUUACAUGGGAUGAGAAUGUUUUAAAAAUAAGGGAAUAUCUAUCAGAAAAUCAGAUGUUAUCAGCAUUUAUCAAGACUUUCCCAAGAGAGUUAACAGCCUCUCUAUUGAUUUGUGUUUUCAUCUGAUUAACCCUUUAACUCCCAGAUCAAAUUUGUAAUUCUCCUUACUGUCAACCAUACAAUUCUUAUAAUAUUAGUUUGGAGAAUUUUUGAUCAGAUCAACUACUUAUCCCCAAAUUGAUAUUUUUCUUUAGUCUCAUGUCUAAUCUAGUUGAUAUUGUAUUGAUAUUGUAAGGAGAAAUUCUGUCUUGGUCACUCAUGGGAGUUAAACGGUUGAAUGAUCAUACUACAAGUUAUCGUAGUCAUUCAUUCAAAAUAAAAAAGGAACAGGUUUGAAACUUAUGAAAUAAAUAUUUCUUCUUCUUCUUUUUUUUUAAGGCUGGAGAAUGCUUUUUAUGAUUUAGCACAGAGUUAUUACCAUGGAGAAUGUAGGAGAGUUAAAGCCCACAAGGUGAGGUUGCAAUUCUGGAAAUUUAAGGGAGUAGGGAUAAGGUCAGGUUAUUAAAAUCCCAGCCAGGAGGAAGCAACAAGCCUGUAUUUGCUUCAUGCUGCAGAAACUAGGGAGAUGCAGUGGCAGAUGUAAUAAACUGUAUCCACUGUUGAAUGGUCCUUGUCUAAAAUUUAUUUUCAACUGUCGCUGUCUACAUCAUCUUGUACAUAGAUGAUACGUAGAUGGAUGACACAGAUUGAAGAUGAGGCCACAGUCUCUGAGUGUCUUGAAUUGAAUUUUCAACUGGUCAGUAAAAGGGGAAAAGAUAGCGUUCUGGUUAGCUUUUUGGACUCUUUUGGUUUAACUGCCUUAGUUCGACAUAAAUUCAUGCUAAAGCCAUUGGGUUUUUUAGUAGGACACUCCCCCUGUACUAAGUAAAUUUCUCUUCUCAUAUCAAGGACAGAAAAGUAUCAGUAACUAAAACUGUCUGUUGGAAAAUGUGCCAAAAUUCUGGGUCAUAUACAAUCCUGUAUAACUUGCCUGGUAGCACAAUAUAAUGUUUUUAUAGAUUACCUUUUCACUAGCCAGAAUUACCAUCAAAAUAACUUUGUUGUAGCACCAAAAGUAAAAUUUUAUCAAUAUACGGAAUGAAGAGACACUUAUUAUGUUUUCAUGCUCUUUAUGAUCAUUAGGAAUUUCUUAACAAAGGAACUCAUCAGGUGAGAACUUUAAUUUGCAAAAGUGAUCUUUGUAUGUCAAUAAUUUGAUGUGAUCGAUUCUACUCAAACUACAGAACUACAUUUAGUGAAAGGCUGAGGGAAAGAGUUACCAAGAAUUCAUAGCAGAAAAAGCUUGUUGAUGUCAGCUUUGAAGGGUGUUACUUUGAAAUGUUUCUCAUUCGGUGUCUUUUUUUUUGCUACCCUCUUAUAUAUAUAUUAUUAUUAUAUUCCACCAAAGACAUCACUGAUCACAUUUUGCUUUGCACAUGGCCUCAACAAUUCAUAAAUCUCUUAUUUUGCUUCUCUACUGUUGUUGUAGCUAUUGUUGGUGCGACACCAAUUCAAGGUUGCCUUUUUCAAUGAGCUAAGACAAGACCCUCACUCUGCUAUCAAGUAAGUUCGUCAGUAUUUAUUUUUUUAUUGAUCUUACAAUGACAACAAUUAGUUGGCCAAAAGGUAGAUCUCAGUGUUUCCCUUUUUUUCGGUUAAGGGGUCAGGAAGGAAAAGGAACUUUCAGGGCUGUAUUAGCCAACUUUCUGUUGAGAGACUUUUUUGAGAAAAGAAAAUAUAAAGAGGAAAAGUAGAAAUGAAAAUUUUGAAAAGGACACCUUGUGAGAAUAUUAAACAAUAUACUUUCAGCUGACAGCAAUGCUUGUCUCUGAAAUGAUCAGCAAUUAGUGUAGGAUUUUCACAAGGUAUCUCAAGGUUUAGAACUAGGACAGUGGAGGAGAAGGAGCAAAUUUUUUUUUUAUGAAAGAAAAUGACAGAGAGUUAAAAGUUGUUCUGCCUUGCCACAUGACAGCCAAAGACAGUUUACAAAAUUGGCAACUCCUGCCACAGAUUUCUUCCCCCAAUAUUUUCAGUCUUCCUGCCUUAGAGAUCUCUCAACGUAAACUCCCAAGUUAGUUACAUUUGCAUAUUAACAUACCAGACAUCAGCUGAUUGAUGUAAGACUUUUUUAAUUUUUAACCCCAGGCACUACAGGCAAGCAUACAGUCUUCUUGGAGAAAUCAAGACAACUGACAUGAACAUACUAGAGAUCAAAGUUGUUGCUGGAUUUAUUAAUUACAAGGUUUGUGUUUUUUCAUAUUUUAGAACUCUAAUCAAUAUAUAUUUGGUGUAUACCAUUGUAAUAAUAGUUACAUAAAAGUAAUGAUGUGAAGAAGACAUUGUACAUCUUGGAUGAGUUAAAGACAUGAUCUCUUAUCACGUAAUUUUACAUUUUUGGGAUUAUGUACUCCUUUUGUCAAAUAUGCAAGGUAAAUUUUUCACCAGAUACCUUAAUUGUGCCGUUAAAUCAAAAGAUCUCCAUCUGUAAUUCUAAGUCUGAGGUGUACAGUCAAGUCGCUCUUAAGUGGGCACUUUAGGGAGGUGGCCAUUUAAUAAGUUUAUUUUAGAAAAAUAUAAUCAGAAAGUUACGAGUGAACUAUGGUACAGUACUUAUUUGGUAUUUAUUAAUUCUUGAAAUCAGUUUACCCACUUAACCAUCCAAUUUCAUUUUAGAAUGAAACUACAUUAUAGAAUGUGUCGCUUACAACGUUGAUGAAGUAUUCCUUAUUUCUCUCUGAUUUUAUAACAAACCUGUCGGUGACUGCUUAUGAGAAACACAGUACAAAAAAUGUGUCCAACAUUUUUUAAUAUGGUCACUUACAGGAGUGUUUUGGAAAUGGUGACAAACAGAAACAAAAUGGUUAUUGGCAGAGUGGUCACAAAAAAAACCAAAUAUCUUUGAAAACAUUUGAUGCUAAAUUUAGAUUCAGUGGAAUUUAAAUGUCCUAUGGGACCAAUAUAUCUGGUGAUUUAUAUCCCUCCUACAACAUAUAUUACAGACUUUUGAGUUAUCCUGACAACCAAACAGUAUUAAUCAAUUUUUAUUAAUUGUCUCACAGAUUUGCCGUCUAAGUUUCCAAGCAUCAGCCCCAUGAGAUGCCAUAUUACAAUUCAGAAAGCAUGUGGAUUUGUUUAAGGAAAAGGUUGGCUGCCCUGACUUAGCCUUUGAACACUCAGCCUGGCUCUCCAAACAGUGAGUAUUUUUUCUGUUUAGCCUCCUCACUCUUUACUGGAAGGUCUGCACUCAGUUUGUUUUUUGGGCACUUACAUAAUAUGUACAGCUAAAGUACCUCCCUCCACCCCAGAGUUGAAAUAAGUAUUGGCCAAUAGGGGGGUGGGGGUAGGGGGUAAUCUACCAGACCUAUAUGUAGCAUCAAAUCCAGAGAGAGAACUUUUAGUCUCUUUAUGCCACAGAAACCAUGAUAAGCUUUGAUGUGGUGAGUCCUCUUUGGUUUGUGUUCUAGAAGGUUUUUGCUUUCAAAGAAACCCAAGCUGUGACCAGGAUCUAACAACUCUUGUUUCUUAACAACAUUAGAUCAAGAACAGGUCAAGUUUAAGUGAAAUUUUUGAUUGAACUUUUCAACGUAAUGGAACUGAAAUGAUGAAAACAGGAGACUUUUAAAUAAUUUGUUAGUCAGUUCAAUGAUGAAUAAUUGUCAAAGUUAAUACAACAUGCUGUAUGGUAGGGAAUUAUAGAGGCUUAAUCAAUAACAAACUAUGUGAAAAAUUAAUACAGGUUCAGUUUAUUUGGAGAACUGUUUGAUGAAGCCAUCAGAAAUGGUUUAACCGCCUUACAGGUAACAAUGUAGAAGAUCUGUGUUGGCAUAUUGGUUUAAUGAAUGAAAUAUUUAUUUAUUAAAUCUACAAACAACAAUACAUCUGUAAGAAGAGAAAGAAAUUCUUACUAAUUAUGUUACUAAGUAUUCUGAAUUGGUAUUUAGAAUAAAGAAAAAAUUGUCUCCCAUUAUGCCAUAUCUCUUAUGAUAAUUGUAUGCAAUAUAAAUGAAUAGAAUGGAGUGUUUUUCUGUUUUAAAGGUACUUUUUUGUCAUCUCUUAACAAUCAUGAUGAUCUUUUCUCCCCUAAUUAAAUUUUGGCUAUAAACAGAGAGAGGCACCUUAAUAAAUAGGAUUGAUGUAAAUGUGCCCAAACAAAUCUGGUCUAGUGACUGAUUAGAGUGUCCAAAUCAGUCAUACUCUCAGAUUCUGGUAAAGACUUAACUGUUACAUUAUCACAGACUCAACACCCAGGAUUUUACUAUCAACAAGCAGCAAACAAUGCCAUUGUCAGGAGACAGCUUUGCCAGGGCUUGUGUCAU